CCAAGAGGACGGUUGCCCCAUUCCUUUCUCCAUCUCUCUCAGGCCUGGACAUGUCUCGGCGAAAGCAGAGGAAACCCCAACAGUUAAUCUCGGAUGGCGAUGGUUCCACCACUUCUGAGAACGGGGACACCGGCGACGAGGCCCCCCCCCAGGUGUGUGCCAAGUGCUGUGCCCAGUUCGGCGACCCUGCAGAAUUCCAGGCCCACCGGGACGGGUGUGACCCCGAGGCCCCCGUCAUGGCCGUCCUGGGGGCCCAGGAGCGCCCCACCUCCUCCACGGCCCAAGGCACGGCCGCCGCGGCCUCCUCUUCGUCGGCGUCGUCCUCGGCGUCGUCCUCGUCGUCCUCCUCCGAAGCCAGGCCCGAGGGCCGGGACAGCCCCCGGGUCAUGGAGACCGAGCCCAGCGGCCCCCCGGACCCCAGACCCCCGGGUCCCCCGGGACCCCCGGACCCGCGCUGGGCCCCGGAGCGAGGGACGGAGGAGGCCGCGGACCGCUUCCUGGUCACCCCGGCGGGGGCCGGCCGAGGCGGGGGGCUGAUCCUGGCCAGCCCCAAGCUGGGGGCCACCCCCCUGGCCCCCGAGCCGGCCCCGGCGGCCCCGUCCGGCCCCCACCUCAACAUCCCCCUGAUCCUGGAGGAGCUGAGGGUCCUGCAGCAGCGGCAGAUCCACCAGAUGCAGAUGACGGAGCAGAUCUGCCGCCAGGUCCUCCUGCUGGGCUCCCUGGGCCAGGCCGUGGGGCCCGCGGCCACCGCCGGCUCCUCCGACCCGCCGCGGACCCCCGCCGCCGCCGCCGCCGCCCCGUCCAAGCCCCUGCUGCCCAUCUUCGGCCCCGCCAAGCCGGCCCAGGCGGGCAAGACGACGACGACGCCGGCCCCCUCGGCGGCCGCCCCGGCCGGGGCCGAGGCCCCCAAGCCCGCCUUCUUCCACCUGUACCACCCCCUGGGGGGCCCGCACCCCUUCGCCGGCGGCGCCGGCCGCGGCCACAAGCCCGCGGGGGGCCCCUCGGCGGCCCUGGCCGGAGGCACGGACCCGCCGCUGGCCGCCCCGCACCUGGCCUUCCCCGGCGGCGCGGGGCUCCUGGCCGGACAGUGCCUGGGCCCGGGCCGGGGCCUGGAGGCGGCGGCCGCCGCCGCCCCGGGGCUGCUGAAGCCCAAGAACGGCGGCGGGGAGCCGGCGUUCGGCGAGCCGGCGGGCCCGCCGGAGAAGCCCGGGGGCCGGCACAAGUGCCGCUUCUGCGCCAAGGUGUUCGGCAGCGACAGCGCCCUGCAGAUCCACCUGCGGUCCCACACGGGCGAGCGGCCCUACAAGUGCAACGUCUGCGGCAACCGCUUCACCACCCGGGGCAACCUCAAGGUGCACUUCCACCGCCACCGCGAGAAGUACCCGCACGUGCAGAUGAACCCGCACCCGGUGCCCGAGCACCUGGACUACGUCAUCACGGGCAGCGGGCUCCCCUACGGCAUGUCCGUGCCCCUGGAGAAGGCCGAGGAGGAGGCCGCGGCCGGGGCCGGCGGGGACCGCAGGCCCCUGGCCGCCGCCGCCGCCGCCGCCGCGCUCAGCGCCACCGAGAGCCUGACCCUGCUGUCGGCCGGCGCCGGCGGCCCCGCGGGCCCCGGCCUGCCCGCCUUCAACAAGCUGGUGCUCGUCAAGGCCGUGGAGCCCCGGAGCAAGGCGGACGAGAACACCCCGCCGGGCGGCGAGGGGGCGGCCGGGGCCGGCCCCGGGGCCGAGGCGGGGGCCGCCUCCGCCGCCGCCCGGGUGCAGCUCGGGAAGCUGGUCACCUCCCUGCCCAGCUGGGCCCUGCUGACCAACCACUUCAAGGCGGCCGGGGCGGGCGGCUUCCCCUUCCCCUACGUCCUGGAGCCCCUGGGGGUCUCGCCGUCCGAGACGUCCAAGCUGCAGCAGCUGGUGGAGAAGAUCGACCGGCAAGGGGGUGUGAGCGCGGCCCCCGCCGGGCCCGGGGCCCCCUCCUCCGCCUCCCCUUCCCCCGGCGGCGCCGCCGCCGCCGCCGGCUCCGGCCCCAACCAGUGUGUCAUCUGCCUGCGCGUGCUGAGCUGCCCGCGCGCCCUGCGCCUCCACUACGGCCAGCACGGCGGGGAGCGGCCCUUCAAGUGCAAGGUGUGCGGCCGCGCCUUCUCCACCCGCGGCAACCUGCGCGCCCACUUCGUGGGCCACAAGGCCAGCCCCGCCGCCCGCGUCCAGAACUCCUGCCCCAUCUGCCAGAAGAAGUUCACCAACGCCGUCACCCUGCAGCAGCACGUGCGCAUGCACCUCGGGGGGCAGAUCCCCAACGGCGGCGCCGUGCUCCCCCAGGCCGGGGGGGCCCCGAAGGACAGCGGCCCCGAGCAGCCGGACGCCCCCGCCGCCGGGGACCGCCCGCCCCGGCCCCGGCCCCGGCCCCCGCCCGCCGGGGAGGACCCGUCCGAGGACGAGGACGGAGAGGAAGAGGACGGGGAGGAGGACGAGAGCGGGGGCGAGAAGCCCGCCUCGGGGCGGGAGGAUUCGGAAGACGCGUCCGGGCCCGAGGACGAGGCCGGGGCUCGGAAGGAGGCCGACCGGGGCGCCCGGGGACCGGAGCGCCCACCCCCGCCGGGGAGCCCGGAGGCGCCGCGGCCCGUGGAGGAGGAGGAGGAGGAGGAGGAGGGCCGCCGGCCGGCGGGAGCGGGAGACCGGGGGGACCCGGAGGCCCAGGCCGGCGGGAGCGGCAGCCCGCCGCCCGUACUCUGCCCGGAUGGGGAGGGGGCCGAGGGGCCGGGGCUGCCCGAGGCCCGGAGGAAGGAGGCUGCGGAGCCCGGGGCGGGCGGCGGCAGGCCCUGCGCCGUUGGCGGCCGGGCCUUCCCCGGCCAGGCCGCCCUGGAAGAACAUCACCGGACCCACGCCAAGGAGGGGGCUCUCUCGGCCUGCGGCGUCUGCAAGCAGACCUUCCCCGAGCGGGCCGCCCUCAAGAAGCACAUGCUGCUGGCGCAUCAACAGGUGCACCUCAGCACCCAUGUCUGGAAUUGCAGCCCCGCCCUCAGGGCCCAGCGUCCGUCCCCGGAGGGCCAGAUCCCCCUCCUCUCCGGGGGCCCGGCCGAGCCGCAGGACCUCCCGUCCCGGGAUGUCCCCGCUCAGCUGGUCGGGGCGGGUGGCCCGUCUUUCUGGAACCAAUACACGGCCUUCGUGUCCAGGGAGCUGGCCGCCAAGCCCCGUGGCUCUAUCCCCGUGCCGGCCCGCGGCCCGCCGGCCCUCUUCGGCCCGGAUGCCGGGAAGGCCCCGCCAGCUGGGGGACGGGGCGAGGCCGGGGGGCAGACCCAACACCCCACGCUCCGGCCCGCGGCUCCCCAGAACCCCACCCGGGAAGGGAAGUAGCCGGCCAAUUCCCCCCGGCCAGUGCCUGGAGGAAACGGGGCGUGGUGGGAAAUGGGACCCUUCUCAAAGCCCCCCACUUCCACCCACAGAGCGUCCUCUAAAUGCUAGGGGACCGAGAGAGCGUCUUCGACCGUAUCUACCCCCUCCUCCCCACCCAUUGUCACCUCCCACGGGGAGCGAGGUCUGCGUGGGGCGGGGAGGUUAUUCCCCGGGGAGGGACGGGCUCAGGCUGUCUCCCAAAGGGGCCACUGAGGCCAGUGGAGAGAGAGAGAGAGAGAGGUGGGUGGACACGGGGCGACCCCGUUACAGCUCGAGCGCGUCGGGCUGCAGGUGACUGGAGGGCCGGUGGAGCCAGCGGUGGUUCAGGGAGAGGAAGGCGAGAACGGCGCCCCGAGACCCGAGCCGCCUCCCCACCCACAUCCCCCAGACUCCCCCAAACUCCCUCUCCCCCUUUCUGAAUCCUGAGGCUGCCCCCCGGCCCUCCCCCCCGUGACAGGGCAUAGAAUGUACUCUUAACAUAGGAUCAGACGGAGACGGGGCUGCAGGGGAGAAGCAGGGAGCAUGGAUCCUGCCGGCAACGCGUUAGCCGUUUCUCCUCUCUAGCUGUAGGCUCUGGUGCCGCCUAACAUAGUGAACGUGCGGGGCAGAGGAGGGGGGGUCCUUGGGUCUUCCCCGCUGUCAUUAAAG